UUUGCGACGCGUCCCCACUGACACUUCACAAGACAACAGAGCAGUAAACUGCAUUAGCAAGGUCGAAAGUAGGACAAUAUCGUAGACUUUGUACUUUAUGCUCGUCCAAAGGCCUUGUUUUCCUGACCACGGGCUCUUGCCUUUUGGUAACAUCACGGGUCAAUAGCAGCAGAGUGCUUUGCACGUCCUCAGCGGUAUUUUCGUGCUUGCAGUGGUAGCAUUUAGCUUGUUUAGCAGUCAUCAUGGCUAUGGUGGGGCUGAGGGCUUCUUACCACAGAAUCCUCGGCAGGAUCGAGCAUAUGCUGCCGGCUAAACUGAGACCUGUUUAUAACCACCCUGCAGGUCCAAAGACUGUUUUCUUCUGGGCACCAAUGUUUAAAUGGGGUCUGGUCAUGGCUGGCUUAGCGGACAUGACACGUCCAGCAGAGAAACUCAGUACCUCCCAAUCUGCUGUGUUGACAGCCACAGGUCUUAUUUGGUCCAGGUAUUCCUUGGUUAUUAUACCCAAGAACUGGAAUCUCUUUGCUGUAAACUUCUUUGUUGGAGGUUCAGGAGGAUCACAGCUCUACAGAAUAUGGAAGUAUAACCAGGAACAGAAGGCAAAGGAGAAAGAAGCUCAGGUUUGAUACCAGAGCUGUGUAAAGUGCAUCCAGAGGACCGAAAGGGACUCUCCUCGCCUGGUACCCCAGAAACUUCCCCUCCAUCAUCAGUCAUCCAGUAGAGCCUCCACAUACUUUCUUCAUGAACAGAGAUCAUCUGAUUCUUUUAGAGCUCAGGUCACUGUCUCGUGCCACUUGUACCUAUAGCAAAAAAUAAUAUGGUUGUUAAUAACGCACAAAAUGUUACAUAUUCAUAUUAGUAUGAUUGCACAAUCUUUAAAAGGCUUGUUUCAAAUGCAUCUUGAUAAAGUUACAGUUUUCCAUCCAAUAUACUUGAGUUACCAUCAUAAUUCGUACCUUACUUCACUCAGCUUCUGUCAUACUGUUAUCAGAAUGUCUCCAAAUAAAUUUGAGAAAAGUCUCCUUCAUUAUAUGUAUUUCUUAGGAAAUAUUUACUAAACAACUGUAAUACUUUUUUUGUUUAUUUUUACAUAUCCAUAACAUGAAAUUGUUUGUCAAAACCCAUACAUUACAAAAUAUGCACUGAACUGUACUGUAAUAUUGGAAAUUUGAUUAACAUCAAAAUAAAGUAAUAUUAAAAUCAAA